AUGGCUCUAGUCCAGACCCUAGCAUCACAGAUACCCAGCAUCAAGUUCCGACAUCUAUGUAGAAGGGACCUUAGGCAUUCCGAUGCCUUAGCAUACAUAUCAUCUAUGCUAAGGGAUGAAAGCGUCGAAGCCAUCAAGGUAACAAGGGUAUCUGAGCCUUCGGUCACUCCACAACAAUUUUUCGCUACCCAUCGUGAAGACGAUGUAGGGGAGGAUAUAGUCGACGACGAUGUAGGAGAAGAUAUCCAUGAUAACUUCGUCGAAGAUGAUAUCUUAUCAAGAGGAAACAAAGACGAAGACUUCAGCAAUGAAGAGGACUGGAGAACCGAAAUCUAUCUGUUCCUUGAAGAAAGAACAUUGCCUGCAGACUUGAAGCAAGCCCGAAAGAUACAAUCAAAGGAGGGAAGAUAUGAUCUUCUUGACGAAAUUCUUAAUAAGAAGUCUUUUCUCGGACCUUUAUUGCGUUGUUUAUCCAGGGAAGAAGGCCACCGUAUCCUGAAGGACAUCCACUAUGGGGAAGCAGGUAACCACAACGGAAUGAGGUCACUAGCCGACAAAGCUAAGAUGCAAGGGUUUGGCAUUCCCGCAGAAAUUGUCUCCGAAAAUGGCAAGCAGCUACAAGGAAAGAACAUAGACAUGUUAUUUGAUACCUUCAAUAUCAGGAAGAACAAAUCAACUCCCAUCUACCCUCAAAGUAACGGUGAGGCUGAAGCCACGAACAAGACUCUGGCUCUUAUCCUCAAGAAAUCGUUAUAUGGACACAAGGGUUGA